GGUGGAAGCAGAAGUUUCAGCGAACAUAUUUUUUUUUUACGUCUGCCAGAAGCAGAAAUACCUCAGAUCCAAAAGAAGGCAGGCAGUUGAAGGUAGACGCUCGAGUAUCUGGAAUGGUGAAGGAAACGGAAACUUACAGAGGAGAUCCGGUUGGAUGAGGGGAAGAAGAACCCUUCCCCAAUGACAAUGGACAUUUUUUGUCGUUUUGGAGAGAAGACAGUAAAUGCAGUUGAAUUUGUUGUUCCAUAUUGGGCACUGUAUGCUGCAGCUGGGGCUCUCUUCUUGAUGUUGCUGGCAAUUGUUGUCCUCUCCAUAUGCAUGUGCAAGGCCUGUAAAAUUGUGAAGAAGCUAAAACGGUCACAGGGUGGGUCAGAAAACACCUACGAAGCCGACGUGCAUUAUGCUGAAUUACAGAACCUUCCGGCCUCCGGCAGAGGUCAAUGCGAUGGGGGAACCAGCCCAGAGAGUCAGGCUGUUCAGAACAGUGACUAUGCUACCGUGGCCGUGCUGAAGGAAACUCCCAGCGAGGAAAAUUCUGGCAGUGCCCUGCAAAGAGAGGACAGUGGGGUGGAGGAUGGGGUGAGGGAGGACCAGAUAUGUGAGGAAGCAGAAUAGUCUUCACGUGGCUUGGAAUAAGACAGUCAGCCAAGGGAAAGAAGCUUUGUGUAUUUCAAGUGGAUGGUAAGUCUCUUGUGCUAAUAUUUUCCUUCUGAAGAAGCCCAAUUCUGUAUAUUGUUUAUGCACAUUCAGUAUAUAUCCAUAUGUCUUCUGGAGGAUCCCCACCUCUGGUCUCCAGCCAUGAUUUACAAAUUGAAUCAGUUUGGAUUUUUGCAGGGAAAACAAGAGAGUGGGGAAUGGAGGUAUUUUCUCACAAUACCUGGAAUCAUAGAGUCAUAGAAUCAUAAGGCUGGAAGGGUCCAUGGAGGUCUAGCCCAACCCUUUGCCCGGGGCAGGAAUCUUAAUACCAUCCCAGACAGAUCAUUGUCCAAUCUUUGCUUGAAAGGCCUGUGUGAUGAAGCCCCCAUGAGUCCAGGAAGCAGGCUGUUCCACUGCUUAAUGCCUCUCAGGGUCAGGAGAUUCCUCCUUAUUUCAAGUUUGGAUCUCCCUCUGUAAAGCUUCCACACACUGUCUUUGUCCUACUCUUGGGAGCUCUGGAGAAUAAAUCCACACCCUCUUCCCUGUGUCAAGUAUUGGAAAUGCUUCCCUUUAUCUUUCUCUUCUUUAGCUUAAACAUACCCAGUUCCUUUAGCCAUUCUUAUGAUUUAGUCUCUAAGCCCCUCAUCUUCAUCAUUCUUCUCUACAUUCUCCCAGUUUGUCCGUGUCUUCAUAGUCAACGAGGUGGCCAUAUUAUAGGCUGGGAAGCAUGGAUUCAAAUGUUCAAUUAUUGAUAUAGGCUUGGAUAAGAUUGCCCUCACCCAUCAUGUUACGAGGGGUAAGAAUAUAUGAUCACCUCUGUGUACUGUUCUGAGCAUUUUGUGCAAAUAUGGUAGAAAAUGAGUAGAAAUGCACUUUUAAGGAAAGAUACUUCUUGCUGGAAAACUUUCUGUACUAAUGCUGUAAAAAUUCAUGGUCUUUUCCAGCAGACUACUGAUUAAAAAAGGGACAAUCUCCAGAAUUUGGAACAUCUUUGUUAUGUCAUUCCCCAGUCCCCUUUUUACAUGCCGGGAAGUAAUAUUCAACACACUAUUCUCAUUCUUUAGAUAAUAACCUGUUGUACUUAUUUAUAUUUCAUUACUGCCUGAAGGGACAUUUGGAUCUUGAGUGGUAGGAGAAUCUCAGGAGGUACUACAACAAUCUAAAAACAUAAAAGCCUGAUGGGAUUAGGUCAAAGCUCAUCUGGUUUAGACUUCCGUUCCUACGGUGACUAAGCUGAUGUUUCAGGAAGGCAAGCAAGACAUGCAAUCAGUAUUGAGAAGUAUACAGUCUCUGAACCUAGAGGUAUUAUAUAGUCCAUCACUAGUUCAUAGGUAUUCAUAGCAUUAUCUUUUUAGAUCUGUCCAAGCACCUUUCUAAAGCCAUUCAAGUUGAAAACUGUUGCUCCAGCCUUCUGACUUUUGAUAUCAAAAUGUUGACCUUGUCAGGGGCUAUAUCACAAAUAGCUUCUCUUCAUUGAUGAGAUGACUGUGGAAUUUUCUAAGUAAGAUGCCAAAGUAAACUUGACUAGAAAUAGAUAUUGUGGAUCUUAAUUUAAGGAAGCGGGGGAGAAGCAUUUUCACUCAAGUAGCAGAAUUAAAUUAAAGGGAUGUCUUCUACCACCUACCAAAGAUUAAAUUUAUCAAAGAUUGAGUACCAAUAAAAUGGGCUUAGAAUGCUCUUAUUAUAAACAUAUUUUAAAAUUGAAAAUAGUCCGCACCCAAUAAAGUCCUCUGAAAAUAGUAGAAAAGGGGUGACCCAAAGUCUUGUAAAGAUCCAAAAUGCCAAUUCCUUAAAGGUUUUCCUAAAAAGGCACUUAUUUAUCAAAUUGGAAUGAUGGUUAAGCAGAGCUGAUGGAAACUAUUGUAGCUUACACCCAAGUUUACACUGGAAGAGGUUGUACUGGAAUUGAGCAGAAAAGUUGACCUUACAUGGCAUCAAAUUAGUAUACUUAAAAAACAGUAGAAGUAAGUUUUGAGGAAAAGAAAGAAGUGCAAAACUGACCAUUUGUGCAUCUCUGUAGUGAACAGUAAAAAAAAAAAAAAGAUUAUGAAACUAUCCAAAGCAAUUUGCCAGCAAGAACAAAGGAAAUAACAUCUCUCACUGGUUUCAGAAAGUUAUUCUCCUCUUCUUCCUCAAACAGGUUCCUCUCUUUUUCUCUGUGAGGUUUUAAAAUGUAGAAAAAAAAAAUAGACACUUCCCCCUCAUUGUUUCUUUUCUGCCUCUUCUCUUACACAAACAUGCAUGGAUGCACACACAUGUAUUCUGAAGAUAAAUCCAGGCCUUCUUCAUGAGUUGCUCCACAUAAUCAUGGAGCAGUAGGAAGCUACAAACCUUUCUUUGGCCUAACCCACAAUGUCCACAUAUUAGCUAUGGCGAUGAAAUCAACUACACCUGUGGUUCCCUGUGCUGACCUUCUCUUUGCACACAGAGGUUGCAAUCAUACAUUGUGCUAAGUCAGGAUUUCUUUAAUCCUGUUUUGUUCAAUAAGUAUCAGUUGAUGGAAUUCACAUAUUAAGAUCUAAACAUGAUUCACAAGCAUAAUGGGCUAGGUUCACACAGUAAGGUAAGCCAAGAUCAAGGAAGCCAUACUUGUCUGUGUGUAUUGAUCAUUUCAAGAUGUCUCUCCAAGAGAAUAAUGUAGAACAUUCCACCUGAUGUUACCCAGAUAGUUUGGACUACAAUGGACAUGGAGUCUAGGUGUGAUGCAGCUUGAAAAUAUCUAUUGAGCACCAACUUGUGUAAUGAUUUGAAGGAGUUUUUGUUUGUUUAUUUAUUUAGUCGAUAUGUAUUGACUAAAUUUUGAG